AAAAUUCGUUUUCAAUGGCACGUAGCUAUUUUUUCUUUUCUAUUUGUAUUUUCAUUUGCGGUUUCUCUUUUUCAAUUCUAGGUAUAUAUCUUGAUUGUUCGUUUCUAAAUAUCGAAUAUUUAACUUUUCUUCGAGAUCAAAGAAAUUAUUAUUGAAGAAAUAUAAAGCUAUAUGUAAAAUAAGAUAUCUAAGAAGUAUCUAAAUAUAUCUGUGUGUUAUAUACUUCAUGUUUUGACUGAAACUCACUUCGGUUGCUAGGUAACCAAUGUGUAUACAUUACGAGCUUUAUAGCGUGUUUUGCGUUAUAAUACUGUGCGUGUGAUGCGUAUACCUUGCAAAUGAUAUCUUAGAAUUUUAUUAAUUUUAUAAACAAACAUGUUACUCAAGUAUCUUGGUACUGUUAUGCCAGCGCAGGUCAGUAGAACAUUUAAACGCUUUUAAACUUCAAGAUCCUGGAGAAUCUUUGUGAAUCGGAGAAUAAAGUGAUUAGCAUAGCAUGGUCACCAAACAACUUAAAACUAGCCGUUGCAUCUUCUGAUCGUUCCAUUUACCUCUUCGACGAAAAUGGUGCAAAACGUGACAGAUUCUCCACCAAACCUGUCGAUCCCAAGGUAUUCGUUAUCUUUUUAAUAUUUAAAAGCAUUUUACAGAAUUAAUGUUAAUAGCACCUUGUCUACAGUUUGGCAAAAAGAGCUACAUGAUAAAGGGAAUAGCUUUCUCCCCGGAGUCUACGAAGAUCGCGGUUGGUCAAACCGAUUGUAUUGUUUAUGUAUAUAAAAUAGGAGAAGACUGGGGCGACAAGAAAGUGAUUUGCAACAAGUUCAAACAGACUUCCGCGGUAACUUGCUUAAUUUGGCCCGUAGGAGGCCCGAUUAUCGUGGGCUUGACAGACGGGAAGGUCCGCGCGGCCCUGGUAAAAUCGCAGAAGGCGCAAACCUUAUACACCUCCGACGCCAUGACGAUAGCUUUGGCUAGCAAUGUUCGUGGUAGUGGCUUUCUGUCGAGUCACGCUGAUGGUAGCAUCAUCCGGUAUUACAUUGCCGAAGACGGCAGUGCGGAACCAUCAGGACGCGUAUGCGUUCACGGUGUGCCUGCUUACGCCUUGGCGUGGCCGCAGUCGCACAUCCUAGCUGCUGGUUGCGACAAACGGCUGACUCUGUACGACUCACAUGGCAAACAGGUGAAGAACUUCGAUUUUAGUCGGGACUCUCAAGAAAGGGAAAUUACCGUAGCCUGCUGCAGCCCGAGCGGCCAGAGCAUUGCCGUGGGCUCGUGGGACAAGGUGCGCAUCCUGGACUGGACGCCACGAAGAGGCGUCUGGGAGGAGACCAACGUGCGCGAUCUUCCAAACUUCUACACGAUCACGGCGCUCGCCUGGAGACGAGACGGCUCGAAAUUGGUAGUUGGAGGAUUGUGCGGUGGUGUUGAACAAUUUGAGACUAUCCUAAGACGCACAGUGGUCCGUGGCAGCCAUGAGGUGGCCUACGUAGGUCCCAGCCAGAUAGUAAUUCGAUCUCUGAGUGAUUCUUCGCAGCGCUCGAUCGUCAUCAGAUCGCAGACAGGUCUGGAGAUCGAGGAUGUACGCGUCUUAGGGCGCAGGGAUAACAACGUGGUAGCUCGCACGGCGCGUACUCUGCUGAUAGGUGACAUCGAACAAGGUCUAAUCAGCGAGAUUCCAUGGGAAGAUCGAUCCAGCAGCGAGAAAUUCUUCUUUGAAUACCCGGUUGUCUGCUUGAUUUUCUAUUCUGGCGAGCUAACAAUCGUCGAAUAUGGGCAAAACGAAGCGCUCGGCUCCGUACGAACCGAGGCUGUGAACCCGCAUGUGAUCAGCGUGCGCGUGAACGAGCGACCCACGUCCGAGGGAGAAGAUAACAAGAAGCUAGCGUAUCUCUUGGAUCCAAGAACAAUCCGUGUAGUUGACUUGAUGACGGGCGCGACCAUCAGCAUGAUCGCCCACGACGCUCGCAUCGACUGGUUGGAGCUAAGUGAGGCAGGUCAUCGACUGCUAUCGCGCGACAAGCGAAGUCGCCUGUGGCUCAGCGACGACGCGGGUAGCAAAGUUUUGCUGGUGACGGGGGUAUCCUUUGCGUCUUGGGUGCCGGGUAGCGACGUUGUCGUCGCUCAGACGGGUCAGACUCUGGCGGUUUGGUACAACGUAGAUGCGCCGGAAGCAGCCACGCUUACGCCGAUCAAAGGCGACGUGGUGGACAUUGUUCGGGAGGAUGGCAAGACGUCUGUAAUGGUCGAGGAAAACGGUGCUAAGGUGGCGUAUGUGUUGGACGAGGGAUUGAUCGAGUUCGGUACGGCGCUGCACGACAAUGACUUUGGCAGAGCCAUUCUGUUCCUGGAGAACAUGGGCGAUAGCCCUCAGGCGGAGACUAUGUGGGAGAACUUGGCUAAAAACGCGAUGAACGAGAGGAAGCUCGCGAUAGCAGCCAGAUGUUACGCCGCGAUGGGUGACGUGGCUUGUACGAAGUUUCUGAAGGAGACCGUCGAGAUUGGUGAAAAGUAUGCCAAGGAAACGGGCAAUGAUCCAAUGGGCAAUCCAGACGUCUGGGCCCGACUGGCUGUGCUGAACGGUGAUCUGAAAACUGCCGAAGCGAUCUACUUGGAACAAAAUGAACUGGACAAGGCGCUGGAGAUGUAUCAACGCUACUGGCACUGGGAAGAAGCUUUGAAUUUGGCCGAGAAUCGGCAGUGGAGUGGUUUGUCCGAGUUACGGGAUCGUCACUUGGCUUGGCUGUUGGACAGCGGUCAGGCAGCUCGCGCGGCCUCUAUCAUAGAAACUACGAACCCCAAAAGAGCCAUUAAGCUCUACCUGGAAGCUAAUCGGCCCGGACGAGCUGCCAGGCUGAUUCUCGCUGACAAUGAAUUGUUGGAAGAUGAGCACAUCGUUGAGGAUGUCAUUAGCGCUCUUAAAGCUACCGAUCUUAUGGAGCUUGCUGGAGAACUGCUGGAGAAAACCGGUGCUGGCGCUGAGGCAAUCAGCUGUUACUCUCAGGCCGGUAUUUUCGCCAGGGCCCUCGAUCUAGCACGUAAAAUUGAUCCUACUAUGGUGGUCGAGCUCGAGAGGGAUUGGGGGAAGCAUUUGGCAACGGGUGGCCAUUACGACGCAGCUAUCAAUCACUUUAUUGAAGCAGGCGAGACAAUAUCGGCGCUGAAGGCCGCUAUUAACGCGCGUCAAUGGAGAAAGGCUCUACAAAUUAUACAAGUGAUCGAAGAUGACGAUCCUGAAAUUCAGCUGCAAUGCGAGAAGUUGGGCGAGUACUUUUCGUCGAUCGGUGAACGAAGCCUGGCCGAGAAUCUUUUUAUUCGCGCCGGAAACGCGCGACGUGCCGUGGAAACUCAUGUGCAGUCGGGCAAUUGGAUGCGUGCGCAUCAGGUAGCUCAAGAACACAUGAAUACCGAUGAAGCCAACGAAGUGCUGGCAAAGCACGCUGAGAGUCUACAGCAAGCUGGCGAAUAUCGUCACGCCGAGGCGCUCUACGUGGCGAUCGGCGAUCACGAUGCAGCGAUCGCUAUGUAUCGUAAGGAAGGGCAUCGUAGCGACAUGGUCAGGCUGGUUGCUGACCAUCGGCCGGACCUCCUUCAUACUACUCACGCACAUCUGGCGAGGGAGCUGGAGGCAGCCGGCAAGCCAAGAGAAGCCGAAGAAUACUUCCUAGGUGCUGGUGAUUGGCGCGGAGCGGUCACAGCUUACAGGUCCGUGAAUAUGUGGGAGGACGCGUUAAGGGUUGCCAAGAAGGCUUCGGGCGAACAAGCAGCACAGCAGGUUGCCUUGAUGUGGGCCCGAACACUGGCUCCGGAAUUGGGUGCUAGAUUGUUAAUGCGUCUGAAUUAUUUGGAGCCUUGCCUGCAGCUGGCAUGCGAGACCAACUUGUUUGAGUGGGCCUUGGAAAUCUCAAAAUACGGCACGAUGGAUCAAAAGAAGGAGGUCCACUAUCGCUAUGCUAUGGCGCUCGAGGACGAGGGCCGCUUUGCUGAGGCUGAGAAGGAGUUCGUACAGGCUGGCAAGGCUAUGGAGGCGGUGCAGAUGUACAUACACUCCCGCGACUGGGAAUCCGCCGAGGAUGUCGCGCGAUCGCAUAGUCAAGAGGCGGUGGCGCAAGUUCUGAUUGCCCGUGCUGCUGAAGCCGCAGAAGCACAAGAUUACGCAACGGCGGAAACCCUUCUUCUAAGGGCCCACAAACCGGAGAUGAUUAUUGAACAUUAUAAAACUGCUGGAAUGUGGUCUGAAGCACUACGAGUGUGUCGAGAGUAUCUGCCAAGUCAAGAGGCUGCCCUACGCAGGGAGUUGGGUCAGAAGAGCGCGGGAUUGGACGGAGCGAACGCCCUGGAGGAAGCUCGCAAGUGGCUUGAACUCGGGGAAGUGCGACCUGCCCUGGACACCCUGAUCCUGAAUCCACAAGCACCGAGGCCUUAUCUUAUUCGUGCGGCUGAUAUUCUUUUACAUCAGGCGGAUCCUGAAACGGCAGCGGAGAUUGGCGGUGAUCUGGGUGCGCGCUUGUUCUCCGUUGGUGAACACGCGCUCGCCGCUCAGGUAUUCCUUCAGGCGGAUCGACUGAAGGACGCGGUGAGUUCGCUAGUGGCGGUCGGCGAGUGGGAUCGUGCACGUCGGAUUGUUCGCGAGCUCGCUCCAGAUCUCGAGUCGUAUCUUGAAGAAAAGUAUCGGGAUGCUAUGGCAAGUGACGAUCAAAUGGAGCGAUUAGCGGGGACGAAUGGCAAUGCCGCCCUCGAGAUGAUGGCACGCAAGGGUCAAUGGAGUCAGCUGUUCGAGGCCGCGAAUUCGCAAGGGCCGGAAGUAUUGCACAGAUUCGUGGCGCGACGUGCCGCACAAUUGCUGAAGAGCGACUCCGCACCGCAAGCGCUACAACUUUACGCGCAGUACGGCGCACCCGCGAUAUCGCAGAACUACAAUCUCUAUUUCCAGCUGGCUGAGAACAUCCUGAAUGAGAAGCAGCAGGAAUACAGAUAUCUAGCCCAACUGCGUGACAUCCUGCAUGGUCUCUGCCGCUCGUCGCCGUCUUCCGACAAGUUCGAGCGACUGCUGCAAGCUGCGCAUCUUUCCGCGGUGAAGCACGGCUGCCGUUCGUACCCAGCACUUACCAGCAUUGUAGUUAAAGUGUCUGUCAGCCUUCUGCGAUAUACCGAUGUCCUCCUCGCCGACAGAUUCUACUACGAAGCCGGCAUUGCAGCGCGUUCCGCGGGUCUCCUGAGCGAAGCCUUUGUCUUUCUCAAUCACUUUCUUGACCUGGAAGAGUGCAUCGAGGAGGAGGGUGACGGCAACGUUCUCGACGUGGACGACCUACGCGUAAGCGACUUCCCGCUCGAAGUUCCGCUUCCGGAACGCCUCGGCGUCGCGGCAGAUCAACGCGAGGAGGCAAGGGAGUGGGUGCUGGCGGUGUCCAUGGAUCAAAAGAUUGAGCAAGGCUUGCCGGUUGAUCAGAGAGGUGUCUAUGUGGGCUCACUGACGUCACCGACUAACUCCGGUACGCUUCUUCAGCAAUGCGUGAUCACGGGAUAUCCGGUACGCGGCCCAGUCGUCAAAUUCGAGGAGACCAAUCGCGUGGCUGAUCGAGACGACUGGACCAAACUGGUCCACACGGCCAGACAAGCGCCUCUAGAUUCACCGCUGAACGACAUCUUGGUGUUUCUUCAGGAAUGGUGUGGCACGGUACCCAAAUAUUCAUUUUAAAAAGAGCUUUCAGUUAACAAAUUUUAACAAAUUUGAAUCGAAUUUUUCAUUUGAAGAUAAAUGAUGAACGACACAAAGAAUCAUGAUUAUUUUUUUCUGUUUAGAAUAGAAAAUGAAAUAAUGUAAAAUAAUUAAAAACUCAUCAAAUUCAUCAAAUUGUUCUCCGAUAUACUUCUUUCAACACGUUCGUCGUAUGGAGUAGCUAAUGAAGGGAUUUGAGGGAGUAGCAGGCAACUGGGGAUGAUGAUUAACCACUUGGUAAAUACACUCUGGCUCCGACGCAUUCCAUAAGCCAAAAAGCUGCCCGUGGAAUUUGGUGGCUCAAAGUAAAGCAAAUAUACGCAUAUGCAUAUAUGCGUAUAUAUGCACGUACACGUUAUGUUUACUCGAAAUCGAGCGACGGGCUUAAUGCACGUCGCAGGAAACACAUAAAUGCACGUUGCACGACGCACAAUGCAUAUUUUCCAAUAAGGAAACGAGACUGGAAUUCUUGUAGCAAUUUCGAUCUACAUAGCGCGAUAAUUUAUGUGAUUUUAAUUUAACUAUGACUAUAUUUAAAUUCAUAAUUAAGUUUAAUUUAUUAUUUAUGAUGCGGCGCGUUGAUAAAGGAAUAAAUAUUGCUGUUCUUUGAUACUGUAUAAUUUGCUUUUAAUAUUUGUGUACGCGCGGUACGCGUGUUUUCUUUCCUUAUAAAGAGAAAUUAAAGAAAGAUUCAAGUAAAGUUAAGUAAAAUAAAAGCGCAGGUAGGGAGAACGCGUCUCAUGGCUGUUACGUUAAUUUCCGCGUGGCCGCCACCUUCGAUUUUCCGAUAAUUACCACAUAACGGCGAGUAUAGAACUUUCAGAUACUUUAAGCGGUCUAAGGAAAGGUGUUGGAAGAAAAAGAAGACAGCAAGAAGACGGCGACACAGCUCCCGUCCAGACUGAUACGAUCCUUACCUUCCUUCAGGAAUUCGUGAAAGCCAGUUGAUCGCCGCCAUUAAACGCUCGACGAUUAAUUUAAAUAAAUGCGUCGCCGUUAUAACCGCAGAGACACUUACUUGCAUGAAAAAUAGCGGAUAUUCAAAUGGGGGAGAAGUCUUCGCUGAAAAGUCACGAGGGACUAAUCUUCUGACGGAUCGCGGGAUUUCCCCUUAAAAUAUUCAGACGAAGAACUGUAGAAGAGUGGUUUAAUUAAUUACGGGAUUACGUGCGGGAAUUUCGGUCACUAUGAAAAUUUGUAUUGUUAAUAUUGAUAUAAUACGCAAAUAAAAAUUAAAUUAUCUCUGAAAAUGUUAAGCUAUUCAAAGUAGAUGAUUUGAUUUUUAUCUGUGACGGUCUCUCAAGAAAUUAAGUCUCUUAUUUUAUCAACAAUGCUGAACGAGUGUCCAAAGGGCAUCGGAUAAAGUUUAGAAUUUUAUAUAUAUUAUAAUAUAAAACAUUUAGAGUACAGGGAGGAUAUUUAGGGAUAAAAAAGAGAGAGAGAGAAGGGUAAAAAAAGAAACGAUAAAUGGGGCUGUGAAUGCACAUAAAAAAUUGGUAUAUAUAAUAACAAUAAUAUAUAUAAUAUAUAUAACAUAUAUGCAAU